AGGUUAAAUAAUACGUCUGGAGGGAGCUUUCGAAAUUGUGUACUUUUUUAUCAUCAAACUUUGUUUAAUUUCAGUGUCUUGCAUUAAAUUUUGUACAUGGCAGAAAAAUCGAUCAACGCAUAUGACGAUCAAAAUUUUGAGGUUGAGAAGAUCCUAGCAAGACGGAAGAGAGAGAGAAAGGUUGAAUACCUGAUAAAAUGGAAGGGUUUUUCAUCAGAAGAAAAUUCAUGGGAACCAGAGGAAAACAUGAAUGAAUGCCAAGAACUUGUUAGACAAUUUCAAAAAAGGGAAAAAGAAAUGAAUCGCAUGAAGGCAAGAAGUCGAAGAGGUCGCGCUAAUGGUUUUUAUACCGAAGAAGAAAGCCCGUCAAAAUCAUCUGAUUCAACGUCGAAAGGUGCAGAAGAAUAUCAGAUAUUGCAUCGAGUCCAUCCACCACCGUCAUCAGAAAAUUCAGCUGAAAUGUCGAGGCACAAGGAAUCGAAAUUUAUCCAUCGAGAAGAAAAGGAAGCGCACCAAAACAAAGAGAAGAACGAAGUUGUUUUGAAAAGAAAGACAACACAUUUGAGAGUCCUAGCGGUUGUUGUCCUUUUCUGUCUGAUUAUUUUCGCGCUUGUAGCACCGGUCGGGUCGUCCAUUGACGUUUGAGUAUUAAAAAAUAAGAUGCUUUACUAGAUAACAAGAAUACAUGGCGGUUGGAAUCAACUAUCAACUUACCUGCCAAAAAUUUGAUGUUUCGAAUGACAUGUGUAUGUGGACGUCAAAUUUCUUUCCGACUUUCUGGUCAUGCUUUCAGCCGUUUGUACGGUCGUUUGCAGAAGAUUUACUCAAAACUUAUCUGCUACCAUCUUAGAUCGGUCGAAUUGAAAUACAUAUAAGUCAGUUGUGAGAUUGAACGAUCUUGCGAAUAGAACCAUUUGCAAUUUAUUUUGACUUUCGCUUUAGAACUUGUGGAUCGAGCUUUACGUGCAUCACGCUAAGUUGCUGAAACGUGUUUCGAAAUCACGAUUUUGAACAACUCUCAUGUUUUUAGCUAUACGUAUGGGUUUUAUUUAGAUAAGGUUAAAGGGAGCUUUUAUGGUAUUAUGUGUAUACUUUACCCAAAUAUUGUAAUUAUUGAUUUUAUUUAAGGAAUUGUUGCAAUUUUCCA